GCGCGGCAUAACGCGAGCAUGCGCACUGAGCGCUGCGCGCACGCCGCUGAUUGGCUAAACAAUGGCAUUAUCUGCGUGAGGGGGGAUGCGUUGUCCUCGGUUGGUGUGGCACUGUCCGAAAAAAAUAAACCACAGUUACACGUGGUGAGCACUUGGGAAUGAUAAACUGAACACGUUAAGCAAGCGACCUGAGCAUGCAUUUGUUUGGGAAUUUAUUCAAGAAGGCAGGAUCUUAAAAGGCUGAUUGACACAGCAAGCAGGUGUGUCCAGCUGCACACUGACAUCAUACAGGAAUCUUGCUGAGUCCAUAGUCAUGAGUGAAGGAGCAUCUGGAGACAUCACUGGCUUGGAGCUGGAGGGAGUGAUUGGGACAGAGGAGACCCCAGUGAACACCCUUCAGAGAUCAGCAGAGGAAGAGGGAACCACCACUCGGAGGAAGAAGAAGAAGAAAAAGAAAGAGAUCAUCUACCGCUCUGACCUGGAUGAUGAUGAUGAUGCUGGGGAGGGGACCUCUGCGAAUGUGGAUGGAACCUUCAGUCCUCCACAUGAUGAAGAAGAAGAGGAUAUCCCUCCUGACAGCCGUUUCGUGACCCUGACUGGCACCAUCACGCGAGGAAAGCGGAAAGGCCAAAUGGUGGACAUCUAUAUGACCCUUACCGACAAAGAGCUGAGAGACAUGGCACGCUCCAAAGAGCGUCUAGAUGCAGAAUGCGAUGGGAUCGCGGAAGCCAAGCAAAAACCCUGUGCGCUGGGGGUCAGCCAGGGCCCUCAUGUUCUUCUCUGGAGCCUUUCCUGCUCCCCGUUCAUUUUCCUUCUCUCCUUCAUCACGUCGUUUUACUACGGAACGCUCACCUGGUACAACGUCUUCCUGGUUUACAAUGAGGAGCGCAGCUUUCUGCACAAGAUCACCGUGUGUCCCUUGCUCAUUCUGUUAUAUCCGGUUCUGAUCAUGGCGUUGUGUGUUUGUAUGGGGGUGUACGUCGCCGUGACCCAGCUCUCCUGGGUGUUUGGAGAAUGGUGGCUGGCGGUGAGGGACCUGGAGAAGGGCUUCUGUGGGUGGAUGUGUGGGAAGCUGGGGUUGGAGGACUGUGCCCCGUACAAUGUGGUUGAGCUUCUGGACUCUGACACACUCUCCGGGACCCUCCAGGGGAAGAGGAUGGAUGAUGUUGAACACACUUCUACUUUGUGAACGCAAAAACAUGGAAUAACGUUCUGGGUUUAGGUGUUUCAACAGCAUCUGUAGCAUGCUGUCGAUUUCCACAAAGAUUAUGUUGACUUGUCGAUCAGAAAAUGUAAACUGAAGAAUAAGUCAAAAUAAUUUUCGAUCCUGAGCAUUCAUUUUAAGGGAUAGUUCAUCCCAAAAUUAAAAUUCAUUUAUUAUUUUCUCACCCACAUAAUGUUACAAAACUGUAUGACUUUUCUUUCUUCUGUGGAAUAUAAAAGAAGAUAUUUUGAAAGAACCAAACCAUUUUGUUCCUAUUGACAGAAAUAAAUGUUUUAUGUUGCACAGAAGAAAGUCAUACAAUUUUGGAACAGCAUGAGGGUGAUAAAAUGAUGACAGUUUUCAUUUUGGAAUGAGCUUUAAGACAAGUCUUCAUUUUGCACAUUUUUAUUGAUUUGUACGUUUCAUUGAUUUUACAAAAUCAAUGAAAUACAGGGCAAAGUUACUCUUAAGAAUUCAGCACAUUAUCUUUCCAUAUCAAAUGUAAGGAAUGAUGGAUUUUGAGGUUUUAAUGCUAUACAAAUUAAUGCCAAAAACAAAUUUUGCUGAUGCAGAACAUAAAUCAAACUAUUUUUAAAGGGUUAGUUCACCCAAAAAUGAAAAUAAUGUCAUUAAUGACUCACCCUCAUGUCGUUCCACACCCGUAAGUCCUUCGUUCAUC